GAGAGUAAAAGGGAUAGACAAUAUUAGUUUAUGAAAAAAAGAUUUUUUUCCAUCAACCAUUAUAAGUGAAACACAAUAGACCAUAUAAACUUUCUAAAUGGGUGUUCAUAGGUAUCUAAUUAUGAUAUCAAAAAUACAGUACUCUCCCACCUGUUACAUUUAGGAAAAUUUCUAUUUCUGGUUAAAUGUGCCCGAAUACUUAUAGGCGAAACUACCAUGUUAAAGUGUCAUUUUUCUUUCUGUCUCCCAGUUAAUCUGAAGAAUACUUUACAAAUAAUUAAGCAAUGACCUGAUAGACGGCGUGAUUAUUCCGUCAUUUCAGAAGGACACAGCUGACAAUCCUCUAUGAAAAGUAGACGAAGUAUCGGUGACAGCUGGUCGAAUAAUGGUUACUAACAUACAUUUUAUUAAUACCUUUCAGUUUCUUAAAUAAAAAAAAAAUUAAUCAAAAAAACUUGCAUUCGUAACAAAGAAAUCAUAAUUCACGAUUGGGUAUUAGUUUAUAUAUCCAUAAUAUCGACAGUUUAUUCGUAUUUUCAGACACUUUCCACACAUUUCGAAGGCAGUUUUUUUUCUUGAGCACAUCCUGCCAACUUAACCAACAGCAAGAACACAUGAAUACUUGAACUGCACCAACAAAUAUUCUCUAUGACAAGCAAAUUGGCCGCAACACAAAGUAAAAAAUUCUUCUGUUGCUUAAUAAAAUAAUACCAGUUAAAGUGAAAAAGGGACGUUAAACUCUAAGGUUGCCACUUGGGAUACUUCUAUCUGUCUAUCUAUCUAUCUAUCCAACCAUCUUUUUAUCUAUCUGUCUUAAAGAUCUUAUUUAAAACAAAUAUUUUUUUAAUCAAUUCUUUUAAAAUAAGUUAAGAGCGAUAAUUCUCCUUCGACUAGUAGAUACGAAACUCUGACGUAAGAAAAUGUCAUUCGAUAGAAUUAAAAAGAUGGCCCCUGUCAACAUUCGCCUCAACCCAUUUGGGGCUGUGAUUUUAACUAUAUGUAUAGCAUGCGGACUUAUUUACAAUUUUGGUUUACUGAACUGGUUCCAGAAAGAGGAGAGGAUUUGCAUGAAGGAAUUGUUAUCCGUCAGUAUUGAAUUGGCACGUCGGGGUGGCCGAAAAGUAUUAGAGGUCCGCGAAAAGAAUGCAUUAUCGGCGAAAGUGAAGGGAUUUACUAAAGAAGGGGCCACCGAAUUAAAGACCCUCGGAGAUAUGGAAUCACAUCGCGCAAUUCUUUAUGGCAUGGCUAAAGCUUUUCCGGGACUUAAAGUCAUAUCAGAAGAACACGAGACAAAGCCUGUUGAUUUUCACAACAUAGAGGACACGGCAAAGCAAAGAGAAGAUGUGAAUAAAGAGAUAAAAUCUGACCAGAGAAUUCCACUGAAUGAAAUUGUUGUUUGGAUUGAUCCUUUAGAUGCUACUCAGGAAUAUACUGAGGACCUACGUCAAUAUGUUACAACCAUGGUUUGUGUGGCUGUGAAUGGUGAUCCUACAAUUGGUGUUAUUCAUAGUCCAUUUGAUGAUCAAACUUAUUGGGCAUGGGUGAGUUAUGGGCAUUCAUCAAAUUUAAAACCCUUGGAGAAAGUCCACUUGUCCAAUAAGAAGCCUGCACAAAUCAUUGUUUCCCGUUCUCAUCCAGGAAAAGUAGUAGAUGUUAUCAAAAAAGCAUUUGGAGACGACACUGUUGUGACUGAAGCUGGUGGAGCAGGUUACAAAGCUUUAAAUGUUGUUAAAGGGCUAUCAAAUGCAUAUGUACACACAACAGCUAUCAAGAAAUGGGAUAUCUGUGCUGGCAAUGCAAUUUUAAAUGCACUCAACGGGAAAAUGACCACCCUGAAUGGAGAUUAUAUUGAUUACUCCAGCAAAGACUUUGUACAAAAUGAUAAAGGCCUUUUAGCUACAAUGCAGUACCAUUACCAUUAUUUGGAACACCUGGAACCAUUAGCAAAGCAAUUAGAAAAGAAAACCUAGACCACAUCAUCUAUAGGUUCGGUAAACAAAAUCUUCCUACGUGAAAAUGAGGUUUAUAUUUCUGUCUUAUUUUAUUUAUUAUUUUUUAAUUGAGUGUGAGGAAAAGUGUGAUAGCCUUGGAUAGUUCAAUAAAAAAAAAGUUCCUAUUGGAAGAAAUUGAUUUGAGAAAAUGAUUAUAGUAGUUUAUUUUUAUUCAGUAUUUUUCAUUUUUAUCUCAAUUUAUUUAUUGUUUGAAAAUACUCCAUUGGUUUGCCAGAUGUGUGAGUGAGUGUGUGGGUGUACAUAUGUAUGUAUUAUAGAGAGUAGAAGAAAUGGAGAAAGAAAGAGACUUUGAAAAAAUUAUAGUUUAAUGAUUCUGUUGAAAAACAAAACUGUAGAAAACAAUGCUUAGACCCGAUUUUGAAAUAUAUUUAAUGUUUUAGAAAAUUCCACAUGAGUACUCUGAGAGCAGCAUUUGCUAUAAUAAAUUUUGUGUAUCAAUCCAUACUAUGAUUUCAAUGCAUUCCUUUAUCCUAAGGUAAAGAUAGCAUACGAGUAUCACAUAGUCAGUACGAUGGUAUGACUAUGGCUUGUAAUUGGUUAUCUAGUACCUACAAAUAUGUUAACUGAUUCAAUGUACUUGUAGAAAUUGAGAUGGCCCUGUUGAUUAAGAAAUGAACACCUAGUCAAGAUAUUAUCAGUUUGUAUCUUGUCACCAUAACUGACUUUGUUGUAUCUAUAGCUCUUACUUUAAACUGUCAGUGGCUCUAAGUAGAUUGUGCGAAAGGAAGGUUGAGAAGCAUGAUUCAUUGUACUGAGCAGUGGCUGAUUGUUUUGUUAAACUGUGCUCAGCUUUAAUUCCAUCUUUGUACUCAAGAGGAACAGGAGCAAGCCUUUCUUCCCCUAAAUCUCUACAGGUAAUUAAGAUCAUGUACAGUUUAACAAUUCAACUGAGUUACAAAGCUAAACACCACCUAUGUUCUUCCAUUUGAGAACAUAAACUGUAUGCACACAUCUGUGACAAGCCAUUGACUAAGCCUGCUUGAAAUAGCAGUCAAAUCUCCCUGUUAGAAAAGGGAAGGGCACAUACGAUAAUGUAGUUCUAGAUACACUAUGUCUGAAAAUAGAUGUGAUGGUCAUAGCUAGAAUGUUAAUCAUAGAUGUACUCAACAUGUGUGUAUAACUGAUAACUUCUUAAGCCUACAACUGUUAAAAUGUUUUUAAUAUUGACGCCUCAGAGUAUGUAUAUCAAUAAUAAUUACACUUUGUAUGCAUCCUAUUUCAUGUGUCAUAUUGUGUUUGUGAAUAUGAACACUUGUUUCUCCCAUGCUAUUCCCCCACCCCCACCCAAAAAGAAAAAUCCUGUAUAAUAUCAACUAUUAGAAUAAAAAGCCAAAAAAAUGCAAGUUCCAAGAAAUAAUACAA